AGGGGGGUCCGCCGGGGGCGGCGGGCAGCGGGCAGAGCCGCGGGCAGAGCCGCCAGCGCCGGGCGGAUCCGCGCUCGCCGCUUGGUCGCCUCGCUGCCGGCGGGCAUUAUGCCGAAGAGAAAGUCUCCAGAGGGUGCUGAAGGCAAGGAUGCAGCAAAAGUAACUAAACAAGAGCCCACGAGACGAUCAGCAAGAUUGUCAGCUAAACCUGCUCCACCAAAACCUGAACCCAAGCCAAGGAAAACCACUAAGAAGGAACCUGGAACAAAGGCCAACAAAGGUGCUAAAGGGAAGAAGGAUGAAAAGCAAGAAGCUGCAAAGGAAGGUACUACACCAUCUGAAAAUGGUGAAAAUAAAGCUGAAGAGAUUCGCAUCUCUCGCUCAACUGUUAGUGUUUCAACAUCCAGAGGUGCCCCACCCAGCACACUGUCAGUAAAAGGGCAGAUUGAAACAGUGAAAGUUAAGGGCUCAGAAAACUGAAUCUGUAGGUGACAAGAAGGAAUGAAAUAUCAUGAAAAUUUUGGGUUGAUUUUAUGUACCUCUUGGACAACUUUUAAAAGAUAUUUUUAUCAAGUAUUUUGUAAAUGCUAAUUUUUUUAGGACUACGAUAGUUGACAUAUUAAACUGUAUAUGAACAUUUCCCUUCUCAUAACAGUGCUUUUAGAAAUUCCCAUUGUUGCCAAGUAAUAUAAAUAUCAACUUAAUAUUGCAAGGUAUGUGUAAAAUUGGAUCAGCAUUCCAUACACUUGCUUUAAGAAAUUAAGUCUUGUGCAUAUGGUGAUGUUUUUACUGUGCGUAUUUGAAUUUUUCAUGCAGUUUUUCUAGAGCAAUAAUCAGUGGUGCUUUUGUACUUAGGGUUUAUGUGAUUUUAAUGAAACAUGGAUAGAUGUGGCCACCUGCUGACUAUUUUGGGUUCUUUUAAUGGAUUAAAAUAAAAGGUCUCCUUGCCUGCAAAACUACAGCCUCCUAAUGUUUUCUCUAAAUCUGAGGAAUGCCUUACUCAUAUUUUCAGCUGUUACAAGGAAGACUAAAUGAUAUAGCAAUGAUAGCUUUGCAUGCAGCCUGUUCGGAUUUUUUUUUAUUUUUUUUGCUGGUGUCUGAUGAAAAAAAUACCCGCACAGGAGUAGCAGGUUGGGAUUUUCAGUGGCCCACAACCUAAGCGACUUUAUAGAUACAUUCUUCAGAUACUCUGUCAUAGGGUGAGUAGAGCUGACAUACUCUAUCAGAAUAUUGUGUCUGUAAUGAAAUAUCAACAGAGAAUGAAUUGCUUGAUUGCUACAGACAUACAGUAACUGUCAAAAACAGCUUUGUUUCUCCUCCCGUUCCCUUUUCAUUAACUAGAGAAGACUUGCAUCAUAUUCUCUGGAAACACUUCUUUCUACCUGUAGUCUCAAAUUUAAUAUAAACAAGUAAUUGCUGUUCUGCUUCAGCUGAGGACAGUUGUUAAUACAUUGAAAUCGCUGUUAAACAGCGCUAUAUAUUUGUUACCUGGUAGAAAUGGAACAAUGAAAGUUAUUUUUGAGGUGAUUGUGGUGAUAUGGUGGAGUAGCUAAUGAUUUUUUAGUAUCCAUGUUUCAACUCUGCAGCUCAUUAUAAGCGCCUUUUAUAAUUUUUCUCCUUCUCUUUUCUCUAGGGGCCCUGGUAUUUCUAUUGUUACUUCUGGGAUGGGAGGGGUGAGAGAAAAAGAUGUUCCCUGUUCUUCAGUAGUAUUGAUUUGUAUUGCUCAAGUGGUGGCCAUUAUGUCUGAGGAUACUUCUUGCUUGUUUAAGUCAAUAAAUGAAUGACUGUUGCUUGA